UUUCAGUUACAAUGCGAGAAUCGGUGCUCAUCUUCUUCCUCCUCCUUUUCUUCAGCCCAAGUCUUGCUUACGACACAGUGGCCGAGGACAUUGGACCUCACCAGCUGGAGCGUCUGGUGGAGCUCCUGACAGAUCGUGAGUGUGAGGAGUUCAUCUCGGCCAUGACUCAACCUGAGGACAACAUCUUCCAACACUUGGAGCGACUAUCUGCGGAAAGGAACCAGUUACUGCAGUCGAGAAGACGCAGACACACAGGAGACCAGAAGCCCCCCUGUCGCUCAGCGCUGAAGGACUGGCUGCAGAUUCACGGCAAGCAGAUUUACUACGACAGGCUGUCUCGUGCACUGCAACAGAUCGGCAGGACUGACAUCGCCAUAGAGGUGGGUAAGAACAUCAACCAGGACAAGACUCUUGCAAUACAGAGAUAUGUGGAAGGCUACCAUGAACUUGUCAGCCAAAUGGAGAAGAAUCAAGCAGAAAAUCAUGACGAUCGUGGGAAGGUCUCAGUACUCUGCAAAACAGGCCAGAGGGUUCACCUGGAAAGACUUGGACUUGGAGGUGAAAAUGCAUCCAGUGCCACCGUAUCAGCAUCAUCUGCUAGACAGAACAUGGCCUCUACUUUACGGGCUCCUUUCUGGAUUUUCCAUCGCACUGCUCAUGAGCAUGGCCAUCUUUCUUAUUAGCAUAUAUGUAUCCCAUGGCAACAGAACCAAAUCCAGGUCUGAGCAUCAACCCUGUUGCUGUCCCCUCCUCAGUGUUGUGACAUCAUCAGAGGUACAUCACCCAGAGGACACAUUAAGACCGAAUAAUGAAUGUUCAGGAUAAUAAUGAAGCCAUGUUCAUCAGUAUGAAAUUCAUUAUUAAACGUGCCUUUGAUGGCUGAUUAUGACCCACACUACUUGUCUCAAAGUGCCAUCUUAUUGGCUGUAAGUUAAACUAUAGUUAGACAGCCCAUGCAGACACCUUCAACGCAGACAGUUCCCACUGCCUCUCAUAAAGACAUUUCUGCAAUAAAGCACCUGACAGAACAUAAUGACAGCAAUCUGUUACCUCCAUCGGGACUGCUGCCAUUGUCCUGUCAGUGAUUUGAUGGUGUGUAGGGGAGGCUGCGCUGGAAUGCUGUUGCCUUGACAAUCUUAGCACUUCCUGUUUCCAGUCCGCGACAGUGGCGGUGUGCUCGUCUGGCAUUGAGGAAAAACUAAUUAUCCAGCCUUGCUCCUUCUCCCCUGAGCUUGCACAUGCCCCCUGAAGCAAUCCACAAGGCUAAUAACAAUGACAAUGCCUGCAGACAAUGCAGUCAGUACAUCAACCUCAGAGAGACAGGAUAGACUGGGCGAGUGUGGCAAUGAAAACACAUGGGAGAGAGCGCUGAAUGGCUUGGAAUGGAGCACAGAAGGAACUAAUUCACCAAGAUGAGCAAUGCAGCAGGAAAUGAGCUCACACGCAAGCAAAGUAUCUCUCGCACACGCUGGGAUCGCUCUCUUAUCAUUUAAGUGGUUCUCUUGUUCUAAAAAAAAAAA